GCCAAGCGGCGUCGGGAAUGGAGGUCUGCUAGACCAGAACGUUCCGAGGGGCGCCUUAAGCUGGUGGAUGCGGCGGAUGUACGCGCUGUGCAAACAUCUCAAACCAGUUCAGAUGUUGCUGUUUCCUCAAGUUGCAGGUCUAUGGAAAUGCAGGAUCUAACCAGCCCGCAUAGCCGUCUGAGUGGUAGUAGCGAGUCCCCCAGUGGUCCCAAACUCGAUAACUCUCAUAGAAAUAGUAAUUCCAUGACUCCCAAUGGCACCGAAGUUAAAACAGAGCCAAUGAGCAGCAGUGAAAUAGUUUCAACAACAGCAGACGGGUCUUUAGACAAUUUCUCAGGUUCAGCCAUUGGGAGCAGUAGCUUCAGCCCAAGACCAACUCACCAGUUCUCCCCACCACAGAUUUAUCCUUCCAACAGACCAUACCCACAUAUUCUCCCUACCCCUUCCUCACAAACUAUGGCUGCAUAUGGGCAAACACAGUUUACCACAGGAAUGCAACAAGCUACAGCGUAUGCCACGUACCCACAGCCGGGACAGCCGUAUGGAAUUUCCUCAUAUGGUGCAUUGUGGGCAGGCAUCAAGACUGAAGGCGGAUUGUCGCAGUCUCAGUCACCUGGACAGACGGGAUUUCUCAGCUAUGGCACAAGCUUUGGUACCCCUCAACCUGGACAGGCACCAUACAGCUACCAGAUGCAAGGUAGCAGUUUUACAACAUCAUCAGGAUUAUAUACAGGAAAUAAUUCACUCACAAAUUCCUCUGGAUUUAACAGUUCACAGCAGGACUAUCCAUCUUAUCCCAGUUUUGGCCAGGGUCAGUACGCACAGUAUUAUAACAGCUCACCGUAUCCAGCCCAUUACAUGACGAGCAGUAACACCAGCCCAACGACACCGUCCACAAAUGCCACUUACCAGCUUCAGGAGCCACCAUCUGGCAUCACCAGCCAAGCAGUCACAGAUCCCGCAGCAGAGUACAGUACAAUCCACAGCCCGUCAACACCCAUUAAAGACUCAGAUUCUGAUCGAUUGCGUCGAGGUUCAGAUGGGAAGUCACGUGGACGGGGCCGAAGAAACAAUAAUCCUUCACCUCCCCCAGAUUCUGAUCUUGAGAGGGUUUUCAUCUGGGACUUGGAUGAGACAAUCAUUGUAUUCCAUUCCUUGCUUACUGGGUCCUAUGCCAACAGAUAUGGAAGGGAUCCACCUACAUCAGUUUCCCUUGGACUGAGAAUGGAAGAAAUGAUUUUCAACUUGGCAGACACACAUCUGUUUUUCAAUGACUUAGAAGAAUGUGACCAAGUUCAUAUAGAUGAUGUGUCUUCCGAUGAUAAUGGGCAAGACCUAAGCACAUAUAACUUUGGAACAGAUGGCUUUCCUGCUGCAGCAACCAGUGCUAAUUUAUGCUUGGCAACCGGUGUGCGGGGUGGUGUAGACUGGAUGAGAAAAUUGGCUUUCCGCUACAGACGAGUAAAAGAGAUCUACAAUACCUACAAAAAUAAUGUUGGAGGCCUGCUUGGUCCAGCCAAGAGGGAAGCCUGGCUGCAGCUGAGGGCUGAGAUUGAAGCCCUAACAGACUCCUGGUUGACACUGGCCCUGAAAGCACUCACGCUCAUUCACUCCCGGACGAAUUGUGUGAAUAUUUUAGUAACAACUACUCAGCUUAUCCCAGCAUUGGCAAAAGUCCUGCUAUAUGGAUUAGGAAUUGUAUUUCCGAUAGAAAAUAUUUACAGUGCAACAAAAAUAGGAAAAGAGAGCUGUUUUGAGAGGAUAAUUCAAAGGUUUGGAAGAAAAGUGGUGUACGUCGUUAUAGGAGAUGGUGUGGAAGAAGAACAAGGAGCAAAAAAGCAUGCGAUGCCCUUCUGGAGGAUCUCUAGUCACUCGGACCUCAUGGCCCUACAUCAUGCCUUGGAACUGGAGUACCUGUAACGGCUUCAUAGCACUUUGAAACCGCACAACUGCCCUGUGACCAGGAAAAUAUCCAGCAGGCCUGAGUCCUGAGUCAGCGCUGGAGUACCCAACGUAGUGAUUUCAACAUGGUGACACACAGCUGCUGUCGUUCUUCACCUCUGCCCUUGUGGUAAAUGAAGGACCACACCAAUCUCUUCAGAACAGCUGUUGCCUCUAGUACUGUGAAUCCAAUGAAAAUAAGCCAUGAGAAUGUUCUAGUACAGUGUGAUGUGUCUUUGCCACAUUAACUACGUGGUUCAAACCUGUGAAGAAAGGACCUGCAAACGCUUACAUUGUUAGCAUCUUCAAUGUGACAUAAACAGCUUCUCCAGUACAGCAAACUUGAUUGCACAACAAAGACUGAAAUGGGUUUCCUGAAUCCGUGAGGGGAUUUUCUUGUAAAGAAAGUUUACUUUUUUGGUGUCUCAUACCCAGGGUAAUCUGUACAUCUCUACUUAUUUAUGAACAGACUUUUUAAAAACAGCUUUAUUGAGGUAUGAUUCCAGCACCAUACAAUUCACUCAACCAGACUUUUUUGACAUCAAAUAAUUGAAGAGACAGUAGCAUCAUAAUAAGCGAGUAAAGGCCUUUGCCUCACGACACAGCAAGUACUUUGAAUCUUAGCACAUUGCAAAGUAGUUUAAAGUAUGUCUAAUUUAAACGUGUAAUAUGUACAUCACUGAGACAAUCAUGUACAGAGAGAAUUUUUGGUGUAAAUUUGUAAUAAUGGAUGAUUCUUUUACAUAUUGUUUAGAAAAUGAUAUUGAAAGGUAGCAAUGCCUUGAUAGUGAAGUAUGAGGCGAUGUGUGCACAAAGUCAUGUGCAGUGCCUUAUCGAAGUACUGGGUAUAAAUAUGUAGAUAAUGGAAGUUUUUGUUUUUAUUUUUAGAUGAUGUCAAGACCAAAAGCAUGGAUGUUAAUAGGAUUUUGUUUUCCAAAUUAUUUUUCCCAAUUUUUUUUUAAUGCUAUUAGGAGGACCUUGGUAAAACAACACAGCAGUGUCUUAAAUAAUUUGAAAAAAAGUCCUCUUACAACCUCACUUUUUCAUUUUCAAUGCUAUUGUAUUAUAUGUAACUACUUGAAAAAAUUAUGCAAAUGCUUCUUCCCACAGAAAGAAUGUAGAUGAUUGAUAGAUAUAUUUUAUUAAUAAAAUGGUUCUUGAAUUGGA